AUGGAUGAUUUGUUUGAUGUAUUUGAUGAGGCCCCAGGAGCUGUACCUCCAAAGAUAGAGGAGAUUGAAGAAUCUGAAAAUAUCAACGAGGCAAAUGGAAACGACAAGAAAAGAUCGCACAAGGAAGAGGAGGACACGAAAAAGUCAACACCAACAAAGAAGGCCAAACAGCAGCAAGAAGUCAAGCCGGUAGUAUUUGACUCUGUGGAAAUAGAAGCAUCGAGAGAAGUUGAUGCUAGUGGCGGAUUACAACAAACCAUCGAAGACCCUAAUUCCAAGUUAAAAUUGAGACAUCAAGUCAGGCACCAAGUAGCAGUUCCGCCAUCAUAUCCGUAUGUACCUAUAAGUGAGCACAAGCGUGAAAAGGAAGCUAGAACAUAUCCAUUCACAUUAGAUCCGUUUCAAGAUACCGCAAUUUCGUGCAUUGACCGUAACGAAAGUGUUUUGGUGUCUGCUCAUACAUCUGCAGGUAAAACUGUUGUUGCCGAGUAUGCUAUUGCCCAGUCGUUAAGAGAUAAGCAAAGAGUCAUUUACACAUCUCCAAUUAAAGCAUUGUCAAAUCAAAAGUAUCGUGAAUUGCAAGCCGAGUUUCAAGACGUGGGAUUAAUGACUGGUGAUGUUACGAUAAACCCUGACGCUGGUUGUUUGGUCAUGACGACUGAAAUUUUACGAAGCAUGCUUUAUAGAGGUUCAGAAGUGAUGAGAGAAGUUGCUUGGGUUAUUUUUGAUGAGGUGCACUAUAUGAGAGACAAAUCAAGAGGUGUCGUUUGGGAAGAAACAAUCAUUUUGCUACCUGACAAGGUCCACUAUGUGUUUUUGUCAGCAACCAUUCCUAACGCAAUGGAGUUUGCUGAAUGGAUUGUCAAGAUUCACAACCAGCCAUGCCACGUUGUGUAUACUGAUUUCAGACCUACUCCAUUGCAACAUUAUUUAUUCCCUGCCGGAGGAGAUGGUAUUCACUUGGUUGUUGAUGAAAAGGGAACAUUUAGAGAAGAAAAUUUCCAAAAAGCAAUGACCACAAUUGGUGACAACACCGGUGAUGAUCCUGCCUCUGCUGAAAAGGGAAAAGGACGAAAAGGACAGAGUUUCAAAGGUGGAAAUAAGGAUAGCAAGACAGAUAUCUACAAGAUCGUCAAGAUGAUUUACAUGAAAAAAUACAACCCAGUGAUUGUCUUUUCCUUCUCCAAAAGAGAUUGUGAGAAAUUGGCAUUGCAAAUGUCAAAAUUGGAUUUCAACACUGAUGAAGAGAGAACAGCAUUGACGGAAAUCUACAACAAUGCUAUUGGUCUUUUGCCCGAAAGUGAUAAGGAGCUUCCACAAAUCAAAAACAUAUUACCUUUAUUGAAACGAGGAAUAGGUAUUCACCAUUCUGGUCUUUUACCAAUAUUAAAGGAGAUCAUUGAAAUCUUAUUCCAGGAAGGGUUUUUGAAAGUGCUUUUUGCUACUGAGACCUUCUCUAUUGGUCUCAAUAUGCCUGCGAAAACAGUUGUUUUUACAUCUGUCCGUAAAUGGGAUGGUGUAGGUUUCAGAUGGGUUUCAGGAGGUGAAUAUAUUCAAAUGUCUGGACGUGCCGGUAGAAGAGGAUUGGAUGAUAGGGGUAUAGUCAUCAUGAUGAUUGAUGAAAAAAUGGAACCACAAGUUGCAAAAGGGAUGGUCAAGGGUCAAGCUGAUAGGCUAGAUUCAGCAUUCCACUUGGGAUAUAAUAUGAUUUUGAACUUGAUGAGAGUCGAGGGAAUAUCUCCAGAGUUCAUGUUGGAGAGUUCGUUUUACCAAUUUCAAAAUGCUGCUAGCGUACCGGCUUUGGAGCAGAAGAUGCAAUCUCUACAAAAAGAAAUUGAAGGUGUACAUAUUGACGACGAAGCAACUGUGAAAGAGUACUAUGAUUUGCUGCAACAACUCAAUAAGUACACAGCAGAUGUAAGAAAAGUUGUCACACACCCGGGUCAUAUAUUGCCGUUCCUACAGGAUGGAAGAGUGAUUAAGAUCAAAGUGGGGGAUUAUGACUACGGUUGGGGGAUGGUUACAUCGUUUGUGAAGAGAAAAACAAGCCGUUAUCAGGCACAAGAAUUCACUGCUCAUGAAUCUUACAUCGUGAACGUGUUUGUGUAUACAAUGUUUGUUGAUUCACCAAUCAACUUGAUCAAACCAUUCAAUCCAUUGUUGCCAGAAGGUAUCAGGCCAGCAAGACCUGGAGAAAAAUCGAGAGCAGAAUACAUACCAAUUACUUUAGAUUCGAUUGAGAAGAUUAGCAGUGUUAGGUUGCGGGUGCCAGAUGACUACAAGAGUGCACAAGCGAAGAGGACAUUGGUAAAGACUAUGAAGGAAUUACCAAAAAGAUUCAAGGAUGGAAUUCCGAAGAUGGACCCUGUUGAGAGUAUGAAGAUUGAUGACGAUGACUUCCGUACCUUGUUGCGCAAAAUUGAUGUUAUCGAGUCCAAGUUGUAUAGCAAUCCGUUACAUGACACAGCCAGAUUGCAAGAUUUGUAUGCCAAAUACUCGCACAAGGCUGAUAUUGAAAAGAAGAUCAAAGAAUUGAAGGAAAAGAUCUUGGAAGCGGAAGCAGUCAUACAAUUAGACGAUUUGAGACAUAGAAAGAGGGUUUUACGUCGACUUGGAUUUAUCACCCAGAAUGACAUAAUCGAACUUAAGGGAAGAGUUGCUUGUGAAAUCAGUUCGGGUGAUGAAUUAUUAUUAACAGAAUUAAUCUUCAAUGGUAAUUUUAAUGAUUUGUCCAGUGAACAGUCAGCUGCAUUGUUGUCGUGUUUCGUAUUCCAAGAGCGUGCUAAAGAAGUACCCCGUUUGAAACCGGAGUUGGCCGAACCUUUGAAAUUGAUGCAAGAAAUGGCUGCUAAAGUUGCCAAGGUAUCAAAAGAGUGCAAAAUUGACAUAACAGAACAGGACUAUGUCGAAUCUUUUAGACCAGAGUUGAUGGAGGUUGUCUUUGCUUGGUGCAAGGGAGCUUCAUUCACUCAAAUUUGUAAAAUGACUGAUGUUUACGAAGGUUCAUUGAUUAGAAUGUUUAGAAGACUAGAGGAGUUAAUAAGGCAGUUGGUGGUUGCUGCAAAAGCUAUAGGAAAUGUUGAACUACAGGAAAAGAUGGAGAAAUCAUUGGAGUUGGUUCACAGGGAUAUAGUUUCAGCAGGAUCUUUAUAUUUGUAG